AAGAAUCUGUCAAGUGGUUGUCAAAAUCUGGCUAAGUUUAGGGAUUCGUGGUUUCCUUGUUUACUUUUGUGAAAUAUUUAUAUAAAAAUAGUAAUUUUAAUCAAUUAGAUCAACUACAGUAAUUAAGAAAAAAUGUCGAAACCGGAGGACAGUGAAGAUAAGUUAAUUGUUACGCUAAAUAAUGUGUGCUUGAAGUUAAACGUUGACCCUUUGGCUUUCAAGAAAGCCAAGGAAUCAUUUUUGGAAAUUAGAAAGAAUUAUUUGCUAGAUGGAGAUCCCCAGCACUGGAUGGCGUGUGCCCUGUAUGUGGCAUGCCGGACGUCCGUCACCCCCACUGUGCAGUCUGGGAAGGCACUGGAAGGCAACUGUGUGAGCCUCACUAGGCUUCUCAGACUGUGCAAUAUAAGCCUGAUUCAGUUCUUCACAAAAAUCAAGAACUGGAUGGAGAUGGCAGCCAUGUCGACGGACUUCAAGGAGCGGAUAUCCCGGUUGGAGCGCAAGUUCGCAGUGUCCACUGUACUGUUCCGCAAAUUUCAGCCGAUGUUCCAGGAGAUAUUUACUGGCCUUACUAACGAGCCCGUCAAGUCCAGUAUCAAGAGCAAGAAGCACAAGCUACAACCUUGCACAACAAAUGCGCUGUUUGAGUUCACAUGGUGCCUGUACGUCUGCGUGAAGGGAGAGUUCCACAACUCAGCUGAUGACCUUGUGGAUAUGUACCAUGUGCUGCUCUCGUGCUUGGACUUUGUGUACGCCAAUGCGUUCAUGGCCAGGCGGAUUGAUCUCAUCAAUCCUGAGUUUAAAGGCUUACCAAGUGAUUGGUUGAAAGACGACUUUGAAUUGCCAAAGACGCCGCCGAGCAUAAUCUCCACACUGUGCGAGAUCAAGGAAGGACUUACCCUCGAGGCCUCCACCAUGCGGGAGUACAGCUGGAAACCUGUCAUUAGGAAGUUCUUUGAAAAAGGGAUUCUAAAAGGCGAUUCAGAAGAGUUAUCGGGACUGCUAGACAUCGGAAAUUUCGACACAAAUCUGAAAUCAUUGAACAACACGUAUGAAACGUACGUGCUCAGCGUCGGCGAAUUCGACGAAAGAAUAUUUUUAGGUGAACACGCAAAUGAACAAAUCGGAACUCGAAGGGUCUCUGGAGAUGAGAUCUCACAAGUUAUUGCUUCUUUUGGACCGAGCAGCCGCGCGUGCCCGGACACCCCUCUGACGGGGCGGCGCUACCUGUCCCGGCGCGCGGAGGAGCUGACGCCGGUGUCGGAGGCCACCAACAGCCUGGCCCGCCUGGGCGCGUACCUGCGCCAGGCCAAGCCGCAGCCCUCCGCGCACCUCAUGAGGAUGUUCGCGGAUUCCGGAAUAUCCGAAGAGACUAUAAACGAGAAGGUGAUCCAGCCGUGCACCGGGUGGCAGGAACAACUGUCCUCCAGCCUGCGAGAGUCCAACUGCAGCGCGGAGACCAUACGGUUCCGCUGCAACAUGGUCACCUGCCUCUACUACAAGGUCUUCGAGCACAUCAUCCGCGAAGAACAGAGGAAGAAACCCAAUUUGUCUUUACAAAUGCUGCUUUCCCAAGAGACGUACCAACUGGCGGUGUACGCGUGUUGUACGGAGGUGGUGUUGUACGCGUACGGCGUACAGUCGCUGCGGUUCCCGCGCGUACUGCACAUCUACGGGCUGAGCGCGUUCCACUUCUACAAGGUCAUCGAGCUAGUCGUGCAAGCGGUGUUCGACAAACUCAGCCGUGACGUCAUCAAACAUCUUAAUGCUGUGGAAGAGGAAGUGCUGGAGUCCCUGGUGUGGACGUCGGACAGCCCGCUGUGGGAGCAGCUGUCGCGCGCCGGCGUGCCGCCCUCCACCCUCGUGUACGGGCACGACUCGCCGCUGCAGCGCCGCACGCCAGGUGGUCUACAAUCACCGGUGUCAGCUGCGAUAAACAGUUUCCUCGCGCCGAUGGCUGAUCAAGCUAAGAAACAGCUGUUCAAAGAUGGCAUCAAACCGGGACAGUCGCUACUAGUACAAACCAACACUUCAGCGAAGCAAGAGAACGGGUCACCGGGUGCGUCGCAGCCACAGAGCUCCAACGGCGAGACCACGCCGACCUCCACACCCAAGAAGGCUAACAAUUCGCUCAUACUAUUCUUUAGAAAGUUCUACAGCCUAGCUGUGGUCCGUAUGAACGACCUGUGCACGCGCCUCCGACUGACCGACGAGGAGUUGAAGCGCAAGAUAUGGACGUGUCUAGAACAUUCCAUCAUGAACCAGACGCAGCUGAUGAAGGACCGCCAUCUCGACCAGAUACUCAUGUGCGCCGUCUACGUCAUAUGCAAGGUAUCGACAAACGCAAGCAACCCGGUAGAGAGGACGUUCGCUGAGAUCAUGCGCUGCUACCGACAGCGGCCGCUGGCCGAUAACCAUGUGUACCGCUCCGUGCUCAUCAAACAAAGCGCCGGAGACAGUUCCCCAGAAAGAGGCGACCUGAUCAACUUCUACAACAAGGUGUAUGUGCAAUGUAUGCAAAACUUCGCUCUGCGUUUCACUGGCCGACAUAAAGAUGAGUGCGGGCUGUCGCCGCUGCCGACGGGGCGCGGCGAGGCGGCGUACUCGCCGGGCGGGCAGCGCGUGUCGGAGCGCCACCAGCUGUACGUGCGCCCGCUCACAGACCCGCCGCCGCACAACCACCGCCUCACCUACCGCUUCAGCCGCAGCCCCGCCAAGGACCUGCACGCGAUCAACACGAUGGUGUCGUGCCAGGUGGGCGGCGUGAAGCGCGGCGCGGAGGGCGCGGCCGACGUGGUGAAGCGCGCGCGCUACGGCGCCGCCGGCGUGGCGCGCAAGCUGCACGGGCUCAUGAGCGACCGGCAGGCCGUCUAGCGGAUUCUUUCACACUAAUCAUACUACGUGGAACACUCAAUGGAUUUAGUCGUAUUUGUUUUUAUUUGCCAAAAAAUCGCUUAUAGCUCUCUAGCGGUCUUCUUCCUAUUGUAAAAAUAUUUGAUAUCUUGACCAAAAUUUGAAAAAAAAAAUCAAUUUUAUGAAAACUGACUGAAUAUUUUGUCACAAUAUUUGAGUUGUUUCCAAGUAAAUUUCUAAUUGGUGCUAAAAAAACAAUUCCGAAUUAUAACUCUAAUGAUUGCCAACUCAACAGAGAGUUCGCAGUUAGGAAAAAGUCGCGCAGGCGCGCAGACUGAGCGAGAAUACAAAAUUAUGGUAGGACCUUAAGUCACAAAUGUCGUAAUGUUUACGAAAUAUCAAAUUAUUGUUUCUCGAUUUGUAUGCAAUCAACGAAUAACGAAAAAAACGUUUCCUUAGUCAACAACAUCGAGCUGUACUCGAAGGGUUGCGCUAUUACUGAAGCAUAUUGAUCUCAUUUCUUAUUUAUGUUGAGUGUGAAUAGUAUUGAUAUGCCAUACAUAGACAAGAAGUUGCUCAUCGCUUGAUAUUUAAGUUUUAUGAAGUCUUGAAUGGCUGUGUCAAAUGAGUUGUUAUUUUUAAGAAUAUUUCCAUGAUUUUCACGUUAGAUAACUAUAACCAGCUGUAGGUGUAUACUUGACUAUGCAGUAGAUUCAUCGUGAGAUUAAUUUCAUGCAAUGUGUACAUUUAGACACGCACGAUAUACUUUUGUUAUAAAUGUGUUUAGAUAGGCGUGAUUUAUUUUGACAUGACACCACAAUAAUCACGUCAAAAUAAAGCACACUUUUUAUUAGUUACUGUAGAAGCACAUGCCUAUUAAACUAUGACGUGCCUAAGCUGAUUUUAUUUCUUUGACUGAAAUUAUGGGCUUCAAAUAUUUAAAAUCAUUGCAUGUCCAUAGGU